UAUAAUAGCAAUUUUAAUAAUAUUAUUUGUACACACACAGCACAGAGCACUUUGGGACCCCAAACAGUCAGGAAAUAAAGUUACAACGGCACAUGAGGUUUUAAGGAAGCUCGAAUUUCUCAUUGCUGUGUCUGGAUCAGUGUGUGUGUGUGUGUGUGUGAGGAGGGUGGGGUCAAGACAAUGACGUUGUUUCACCAGUCAACGGCUCAUUCAGCGGAGGAACUCAUGGCUCACACUACAUUCUCCCACUGCCUCUUUGCCUUCGAGAGCAUGGGGCAAGCAAAGAGGCAAGUCUGUCUGACUCCAGAGGCAUUGCAAUACUUGCAUGGAUCUGUUUUUUGGAGCACACCAUGCUUGCAUUGAUGAGCUCCAUUCCUAUACCCUGGUGAGCCAUUCUAGACAAGAAACACUGACUAACUAAAUGCAGUUUUCUAAUGUAGAGUUUGCUUUCAAUCAUGCCAACCUCAGCUAGUUCAAAGAAGCUUGGAGAACUUUGAGAAGAAGUUCCAUGAAGGUCUACAACAGGAGUUUUAGCACUUCUCUGGCAGUAAUGGGCACAGUAAACCCAAACUGUACUGAAAUGCUGCACUUGGAGCAGAACGGUGGCCCAGCCAUCAGCGCGAUGAUGUUCGCAGCUGGAGUUCUCGGGAACCUGGUUGCGUUGGUUCUCCUGGAGUUCCGCAGGAGGAAAGAGAAGAACCGGCGGCGACAGUCUCUGUUCCAUUUGCUGGUGACCACGCUGGUCAUUACGGAUCUAACGGGAACCUGCUUGAUCAGUCCCCUGGUGCAGACUGCAUACUUAACCAACACCACACUGGUUGGGUUGAGCGAGACUCAUGCAGUGUGUGAAUAUUUUGGAUUUGCCAUGACUUUCUUCAGUCUGGCAACGCUCUCCAUCCUACUCGCCAUGGCACUGGAGAGGUGCCUCUCCAUCGGGUACCCAUACCACUACGGGAGGCACGUCACCAAACGCUGCGGAUACAUCACAAUCCCUUGCAUUUAUCUAGUCUGCUUUUUAUUCUGCUUAAUGCCAUUUGCAGGCUUUGGGAAGUAUGUUCAAUACUGUCCCGGGACGUGGUGUUUUAUUGCCAUGAAUCCAGAGGGAAUUGAGGACCGGGCGUAUGCCAACAUUUAUGCCACUGUGAUACUGCUCAUUGUUGUAGUUAUGGUGGCAUGCAACUGUUUUGUAGUUUACCAUCUGGUGUUAAUGUACCGGAGGCGCAAAAUGAACCGAGGAUCAGUGCAGACCCGGAGUAAAAGGGACAGGAGGUACUUCUCAUGGGCAGAGGAGGUGGAACAUCUCAUUCUCCUGGUCUUCAUGACAGUCAUAUUUGUCAUUUGUUCCCUGCCAUUAAUGAUCCGCGUGUACAUCAACUCCAUGGGAAAGCCUGGAGACAGCAACAAGACUGAUCUCAUAGCUCUGCGAUUCCUCUCGGUAAACUCCAUCAUUGACCCCUGGGUCUUCAUCUUCCUCAGCCCCUCGGUUCUGCACUUCCUGUGGGGGGCUCUGUGCAAGACCAGCUUCAUACCCUCCAGAAACUCUCUGUUCAAAACAUCCAUUUCCAAAAACCCAGCAGGCCAAAUCGAGCUGUACCAAACCACUUCCACCUAUGUGGAGACCACACAACUCAACAAGUCAGCAGUUCAGAUGAUCUGAUGUGAUGAGGACAGUAUUUAUGGACUGGACAGAUCUAUCUAAAAAUCAAUAUGCUUUGGAAGACAAGGUUAUGAUUAAGUUCCUUGAUAGCAUUCACUUUUAACUGAGUGAGAUAGAGCCAACUGUGAGGUCAAAAGCAUAAGUUAUGUUCCAUCAACCACUACAAUAAUUGUUUUGAGACCGAGGGCCCUGUCAACUGCGAUCGCCAGAAGAACUUGAAAAAUAUUCAAGGCAUGUUUAGCAGGCCUUCAGUCAUUGGUGAUAUUCCAGUUUGGAAGAGGUUAUUCUGUGUUUGGACUGUCUGAAGACAGAGGAACCAUCCUGAAGCUACCAUUCCACAAUCAUUGCUCAUCCAUUGCUCACUUUUGUUGUCAAGUGAAUUAUGUGACAAGGUUUCCUGCAUUUCAAGUAAUUCAGUUCUUCAAGUGUUACAUAUGAAAGCUGCCUGCUUGUAUUUACAUUAUCAACAUAUUUAUUGCGCUUUAAUUUAUGUUAAUACAGCUGUAAGUCAGUAACAUAUAUGUGUCUUCAUACAUAUAGGCUGAUGUGAUUCAGUGGUAAUUAGUUAUUUCUUUCAUGUGAGAGAUUUUGAUUGUACAUAGUUGUACAUAAUAAGUAUAAGCAUAUAAGCAUGAUGACAUGCAUGGUACCGUUCAGUAGCUACAGACCUAAUCUUUGUGUCAAGAUACUUGUUUUACGGUGCCUUUGAAGCUCUUGAAUGUACUUGUGAAAUAAUGUGACUUGUGUUGUCUAUGCAUGUAAUUUAUGUUGUGAAAUCGUCUGUUAAACAUUAUCACAUCAUAUCCGUCCUAAUGCACUGCGAAAAGGAGCUAAUCACUAAAAGAUCAGAGUCUGAAGUAGGAUUGUGUGUGAUUUUAAUUCAGUCCCUGAAUUGGAAUUAUGUAGGCAAACAGAAUGCAGACUGCUUUUUGGAUUUGAAUGUAAGGAAGUAGAAUUAAAAUGAAUACAAAAUAUAAUAAUAAUAAUAAUAAUAAUACCCAUGACUGAAUAUUUUUAAUUAGAAAAGCAAUUUUUGCCAAGACAAAAUCUGAGUGUUGGCUUGACAGUUUUGGACAAAAAAAAAAAAAAAAAAAAAAAGUCAUAUUCCAACUUAUGAACUGAAUGCAACAAAUUCUUUCAUUCUGAAUUUUGCCCAAACCUGGACUCAUGCCUCUUGAGGGGGGCAAGUUUCCUUGCCAUGUGUUUUUAUUCAGGUUAGUUCCUAAACAUGUUGACAGUUUAACAAACAUUAACUAACUUGGUUAGCUAGAUUUUCUUCAAAGUGCUGCUCCACCAUGACAGCAAUUGACCUAAACUGAACAUAAAGGAAACAGCUUAUCGCAAUCACACUUUUCGGAAUGUAAUUAUAUGUGUUAAUAUGAGAAGCUAUAACGUUUGCGUUUUAAUCCUUGGUCUGCCUACACGCUAGAGUAACCACUGAUAGACAGGAAUGUCUUACAUGACUGAGGUUGCGAAAGAAGCCAUGCCAGUUUGAAAUCAAGCACAACUCCGCUCACUGUUUUUAUUGGUGAACGGAUACCUGCAUUGUUGCAGCAAAACGUUUCUCAACAUUUGGUCGCAUAACAAGGGAUUUCCCAAACUCGAAUUUGUAAACCCCUGGAGGCUUAUGAAAAAAAACUGCAGUGAGUGAAAUCAAAUAAUUAAUUAAAUUAUAAAAAUGUUAAAUUAAAUUCUAAAAAUACAUUAACCAUUUUAAAAUAAAAUAAAAAUAAUUAAAAUUAAACACUUGUAUACAUAUACAGUAUAUACUGUAUGUAAGUAUAUACAGACAAUUUACCUUUGUCCCUCCACUCGAACAGCAUGCCAAAUAUGCAUACUGUUUGCUUAAUCUGAUUAUAUGUAAGUGCGAACUUGUGAAAGGAAUGGUUCACCCAAAAAACAAAAUCACAAGUAAUCCACACAACUCCAGUCCAUGAAUUUAAUAACAAAUCCUACAUUAAGGCUUUUUAAUUUUAAACCAUCACUUCUUAGCAAAACACCAGCUCAUAAUCUGUAAUAACGCUUCCUGCAGUGGAAACGUCCAUCCCCUGUUGUUCUCUGAAUCAGAAUACACCCAAAUAUUUGUUUAAAACUGUAUUUGACUGUUUCAGCUUGUAAACAGUGCUUGAUCUGUGCAUAUUUCUCAACAUAUAAGACAACAUUUUACUGGAGAAAGCAAUAUUUUGGAUAGAGGACUCGUAUUUUAGCCAGAAACAUUGGUUUGAAUUUAAAAACAUCUUAAUGAUGGAUUUGUUUCACACAAACAUACAGAUUUAUGCUUCACAAGACGGUGAUUGAUAGACUGGAAUGUAUGGAUUACUUGUGGACUAUUGUGAUGUUUUUAUCAGCUGUUCUCUCUCUCAACUCUCAUUCUGAUGGCACCCAUUCACUGCAGAGGAUAUAUUGGUGAGCAAGAUGUAAUGCUAAAUUCCUCCAAAUCUAUUCCAAUGAAGAAACAAAUUUAUCUACAUCUUGGAUGGCCUGGGAGUGAGUAAAUUUUCAUUUUUUUUGUGAACGAUUGCUUUAAAUAUUUUAUUUGCUUGCCUGGAUGUCAUGUGACCAUUAACCAACAACAAAGAACCAAGAACAUGCUAAUGUGUGUGUGUUUAUUUUAAGAUUUAUUUUUGGCGUUUUGCCUUUAUUAUAACAGGACAGAUCAGAGCUGAAAGAAAGUGAAGUGGGAGAGAGAGUAAGGCAGGAUCGGGAAAGGUACUUGAGUUGGGAUUUAAACUCAGGUGCUGUAUGUCAACUCAGUGCAAAUCUUAUAGGCACUUUAAAGAAAUAAUUUAGGUCAAAGGGGUUCAGCUGACAAAAAAGAUUGGGAAUGUCCCAGGAAUAUAACAGAUCGUAAACUAGCACGUAGGUGUCCUCAGUUCUGAUCAGUACACCACAUGGCAUGUGUGUGGCUCAAGGGGAAGCACACUGGAUUUACACACAUCAGAUAAGAACAAAACAGAAUGCCCCAAAAGUCUAUUAACCAUUCAGCAGAUAUGAGGUUCAACCCCACAUCACUCAAAAAAAUCAAAACUGUUUAUUUAUCAGAAAGAAUGUUGUCAUUACUGAAAGUUGAAAUCUCACUUAGCUUGAGUGUGGUUGUGGGAACUCGGGUAUUUUUUAAGAGGUAAAUAUCAUAGUAUGUGAAUAAAUAGAUAACAGCACGAGGUCCGAUGCUCGUGACACAGUUCACCCUCUGAGAGUGUGUAGGAAGCAGGACACAGAUCUUGAUCUGGCUUCACUUCAGCUCAAGCAAACCUCAGUUGUCAUGGGAACAUAUCUAUGCCAAACCACAGCAUACACUUGAGCUCAGGUCUUGAGAGCUAGAAUUACCUGUGGUUCUUUCAGAUCUUUCUGGUUGUGCUGUUUGUGGGAAUUGUCAGUUAUGUAUUUCAAGGUAGUUGCAUGUUAAUCAUCAGUUUCCAUAAUGCACUGUAAUAAACUGGUAUGACUGAAAAGAA